AUGAGAAAGUGUAAUAAAGUUUGCUGGAUAUGUGGCGACAAAGCCAGUGGCUUUCAUUUCGAUGCCAUGAGUUGUGAGUCUUGUAAGUCAUUCUUUAGGAGGAAUGCUCUCAAAACCAUUUGCUAUUUGGGAGGCAAUUGCAAAAUAGAUGUCUUAAACCGGACUUUCUGUAAGAGAUGUCGACUCGAGAAGUGUUUCGAAGUGGGAAUGAAAACCAAAUACAUUUACUCUGAAGAGCAGAAAGCGAUGAGAAAGGCUCUGAUAGAGGAGAAUAAAGUGCGAAAAAUGCAAAAUUUGGGCCAAAGUCAGGGACUGGCGGUUGUGUCUAACGGAGAGUACGACUGGUCCGCAUCGGACUCGUCGUCGACCACAAUGACGAGUCCAGUGGUGGACACCUGUGAGGACAAUAGAGAGGAUCCGUUGGAAUUCCUGGAGAAAGAGGUGUUCUCGGAGGAGGAGGUGAACGCCGAGAUCGUGAGGAUUGAAAACUACAUUUCCGGCAAUAAUAUGACAAACGUUUGCGAAACGGUGUUUGAAAAGGUGGCCGAACUCGAGCUGACAGUACUGCCGAUCCCGAGGCCCAGUGUUGGCCACACGUUGACCACGUUUGACGAGUCCGAGGGCUUCAAACUGACCGAACUCUUUGAGGCGAUUAAACUGAUCCGACAUCCGGUCGAUCGGAUCGACUGCCAGGAGAUACCCAACAACUAUUGGGGAGCCGUUCACGUCCUGCACUCGACGUGCGAUAACGAUAUCAAACAUAUAAUCAAAAUGUGUAAAUCGCUGAACGCGUUCCGGGGCCUCGAGGAGUGUGACCAGAUUGUCUUGCUCAAAUACGCCUCCAUCGAGAUCGUGGUACUCCAAAUGGUAUUGAGUUUUGAUUUUGAGCACAAGUUUUGGGAUAUAAUCACGGAUAGCCAUUACUCCCAUAUCAUCCGUUUAGAGCUCUUAAAGUCUAGCAAUACUUACGUAAACCAUAAAAAUUUUCUACAAAAUAUGGGACAGGAAUGGGAUUCAGACCCCGUUAUCAUUGAUUUGUUAACCGCAAUAUUGCUUUUUAAUGCCAAUCGGCCGAAACUGGCGAACAAGGACUUAGUCAAGUGA